CUGGUUUAAGUUUCAACCCCCUGGCGCGUUAGAUGCCCGCUACGAGGGUGACUUUUCGCGCGCAACUAAAAAGAAACGCGACACGUAAAUGAGAGAUACUUUUCCUAAUCCACCACCAACACCCACCAUGUUUAUCAGAAGAACCAAACCUUUGUUAAUGGUUCUUAGCUUUGUGCUAAUCUUGACUUUGCUCUCUCUUUUCCAUAUCAACGACCCUGCAAGAACCGCCAAAGCGGUCGACUUCGUCAAGCAGAACACCAAACUGUCUUUCAGCGCGUUUGCCGACAUGACGAGCCCGCAAAGACCCGAUAACUUUGAGUCAGAGAAGGAAGCCGAGACCAAGAAGUUGCAGGAGGCGGCUGAUAACGCCGAAGUCAAGGAGUUCGACAAGCACUUGGACCUUUCCAAUGCCGACGGGCAUAAGGACGAAAAGCUCCCCGAGCAGGCUCAGAAAGAGGCCGAUGAGCUUGCUGCUGAAGCUGAAAAGGUUGAAAACAACACUGAAGCCAAGCUUGGAGCCGAAAGCUUGGAGGAAACGGCGCAGAAGAUGGAAGCCGACUCUGCCAAGUCUCAAGGGGAAACUACCCAAGAAAAGGAGGGAUCCAAGGUUGCCGUCGAUUCUUUGGAGGCAACACUCGAAGAGAGUGCAGAAGCUGAUGAAAAGGAGGAAGAAAAGGUCAAUAAGGAUGAAAAGGUUGCUAAUGUUAUUGCUGAAGGCGAUAAGGAAAAGACGCAAGCCGACAUCAAGGCUGAUGCUAAGGUUGAUGCCAAGGCUGACACCAAGGUUGAUACCAAGGUUGAUACCAAGGCUGAUACCAAGGCUGAUACCAAGGCUGACACCAAGGUUGAUACCAAGGUUGAUACCAAGGCUGAUGCUCCAGCUGGCGACUUCAAGAUCCAAAUCGAGGAAGACACCGACGUUUAAAUAACAGUAAUCUCCAAUUAGCCAAUACCAUCAAAAAAUUGUAGGCUAUGCACGCGAGUAUUCUCACUGGCAAGGAAUAGUAAAUUUACAAAUAGUGUAUCCCAGUUCUAGUCUGAUCAAGUAUGC